ACGUCAGCACGACCGCCAACGUUUUGACCGUUGGUGCGGGUGUCGUGACCGUGAUUCCACUCUUGAUGUACGCGUCGGCAGCGCAGAAGAUCCCGUUCAGCCUCCUCGGCAUGCUGCAGUACAUUGCGCCGAGCCUCAUGUUCAUCAUGGGCGUUGCCGUGUACAGCGAGGCGUUCUCGCUCGUGAAGCUCAUUGGGUUUAUCUUUGUCUGGGUGGCGCUCGCCGUCUACUCGGUCGAGGGUUUUGUAUAUCAAAAGCAGCAACAACAACAAGUGGCCAAGCCAGCGGCUGUCGAGUCGCCGCGGGGUGACGAGGCCGCGUACGAGCGCGUCUAACUUGCGCGAAUUGGAAAUGAACACUAAUUGUCAUGUAUACCAUCGUGUGAAAUGACGAUUGAUUGAUCG